AUGAGAGUCUCAUUGCUGUGCGAACCCUACUGUGAACUCUCUCCCAUCAUCCUCACGUGGGACCACCCACUGCAGGGAAACAAGCUCAGUUCUGAAUUCUGCUUUGGAGUACAUUUUAACUCUCAAGCCUCACCCGUGGAGAACACCACAGAGGUGAGUGCGUUCAUCCUGCUGGGACUCACCAGCACCCCAGAACUGCAGCUUCCCCUCUUUGCAGUGUUCCUGCACCUUAUCACUGUGACUGGGAACCUCAGGAUGAUCGUGGUGAUUCUACUGGACCCACAUCUGCACACCCCCAUGUACUUCUCCCUCAGCAACCUGUCCCUGGUGGACUUCUGUUACUCCUUAGCAAUCACCCCAAAUGUUCUGGCUGGUUUGGUUACAGACGACAAACUUAUCCUUUACAAUGCGUGUGCUGCUCAGAUGUUCUUCUUCAUCCUCUUUGCCAUGGAGAGUUAUCUCCUGACCUCCAUGGCCUAUGAUCGCUUUGUAGCAGUGUGUAAGCCCCUGCAUCACUCUGCGAUCAUGAGGAGACCUGUAUGUGUUCGUCUGGCCAUGGGCUCUUACAGCUCUGGUUUUAUGACUGCUGCUGUUGAAGCUGGAGACACCUUCUGCCUCCCUUUCUGUGUGACCAGUGUGGUCCACCACUUCUUCAGUGAUGUUCCAGCAGUCAUGACUCUGGCUUGUUCUGAUAAACCCUUUAAACAAAAAAAAAAAAAAAAAAAAUCCUUUAACGAGCUGAUUGUAUUUUUCAUUUCAAGCUUUAAUAUCUUUCUUGCAAUUAUUAUUUUAAUUUGUUAUCUGUUCGUACUUACCACUGUUAUGAAGGUGUGCUCGGGUGAAGGGCCCCAGAAGGCUUUAUUCACCUGUGUUUCCCACCUCGUUGCCAUUUCCAUAUUUUAUGGGACUGUCAUCUUCACGUACUUAGAGCCCAACUCCAAUCACUCCAUGGACACAGACAAAAUGGCGUCCGUGUUCUACACCAUGGUCAUCCCCACGCUGAACACCAUGGUCUGA